AUGACUUCCUAUUUACCACAAGAAGAGUUUGAGACUAAGAUCUAUGACUACGAUGAGACCCCAGAAAACAAGUCGUGGGCAUCUACUUUACCCACUGCUAAGGGUUUAUACAACCCAGAGUUAGAGAAGGAUGCUUGUGGUGUUGGUUUCACUUGUCAUAUCAAAGGGCAAGCAUCUCAUAAGAUUGUUUCUGAUUGUAGAAACUUGUUGUGUAAUAUGACUCACAGAGGUGGUGAGUUAAACCCCAAAGAUGGUGAUGGUGCAGGUUUAUUAAGUGCUUUACCAGAUAAAUUGUUGGUAAAGGAAUUUGAAUAUCACUGUAAAGUAAUCUUGCCACCAUUAGGACAGUAUGGUAUCGGUAACUUUUUCUUCAAAAAAGAUGAGGUUGUUUUUGAAAAAUCAAAGCAGACAGUAGAGAGCAUUGCUUCUUCUUUAGGCUUGAGAAUCUUGGGCUGGAGAAAAGUUCCACAUGAUUCAUCUAUCUUGGGACCGGCUUCAUUAUCAAGAGAGCCUCUUAUUUUGCAACCGGCUAUAGUUUUGGCAGAGGCCUAUGGCUCUACCGGUAACAUGCCAUCUAAAAACAUAACACCAGAAGAAUUCGAAAAGAAGUAUCAACAGGACUUUGAGAAAAAGCUAUUCAUAUUAAGAAAGCAGGCAUCGCACACAAUCGGAUUGCAUAACUGGUUUUAUAUUUGUUCAUUAUCUAAUAAGACAAUUGUUUAUAAGGGUCAAUUGGCACCUAAUCAAGUUUAUGCUUAUUAUCAUGAUUUGGUAAAUGCUGAUUACGAAGCACACUUUGCUUUGGUUCAUUCUAGAUUUUCAACUAACACAUUCCCAUCAUGGGACAGAGCCCAGCCUUUAAGAUGGGCAGCUCACAAUGGUGAAAUUAAUACUUUAAGAGGUAACAAAAACUGGAUGAGAGCAAAGGAAGGUGUGAUGUCUUCAGAAUUGUUUGGCGACGAAUUGGAUAAAUUAUACCCCAUCAUCGAAGAAGGCGGUUCUGAUUCCGCUGCUUUUGAUAAUGUUUUGGAAUUAUUGGUUAUAAACGGUGUCCUCUCCUUGCCGGAGGCAGUUAUGCUCUUGAUCCCAGAAGCUUGGCAGAACGACAAAAAUAUCGAUCCUAAAAAGAAAGCAUUUUAUGAAUGGGCAGCAUGUUUAAUGGAACCAUGGGACGGACCUGCUCUUUUCACAUUUGCAGAUGGUAGAUAUUGUGGUGCAAACUUAGAUCGUAAUGGUUUGAGACCUUGUAGAUACUAUGUCACUGAUGAUGACAGAAUGAUUUGUGCCUCAGAAGUUGGUGUCGUUGAAAUCGAACCAGAAAGAGUUUUACAAAAAGGUAGAUUACAACCAGGAAGAAUGUUGUUGGUAGAUACCAAGGAAGGUAGAAUUGUUGAUGAUCGUGAAUUGAAACAAAAUGUUGCCUCAAGGUUCGACUUCAAGUCAUGGGUUUUGGCUAACAUGAUCACCAUGGAUGAUUUAUUCUCUAAAUUGGAUACAAGGAGCAUUGACUACAAAGCUGCUGAAGUAAGCUCGAAUAUAAGAGUGCAAGCAGAUGCAAGAUUGGUUGCAUUCGGCUAUUCACAUGAGCAAGUCUCUGCAGUUUUGGCGCCAAUGGCUGAAGGUAAGGAAGCUCUUGGCUCAAUGGGUAACGACAAUGCCUUAGCUUGUAUUUCAGAACAACCAAAAUUAUUGUAUGACUACUUCCGUCAACUAUUUGCCCAAGUUACAAACCCACCAAUUGAUCCGAUUAGAGAAGAGAUUGUGAUGUCAUUGGACUGUUAUGUUGGUCCCCAAGGUAACUUGUUGGAAAUAAAAUCUGAUCAAUGUAACAGGUUAUUGUUAAAGUCUCCAAUUUUGACAAGUACCGAGUUAUCUGCAAUCAAAAAUAUGCAAAAGGUUUAUCCAAAAUGGUCAGUUGCUACCAUCGACAUCACAUUUGACAAACAUGAAGGUAUUCAGGGUUACAUCAACACUAUCGAUCAAGUCUGUCAAGCUGCUUCGAGAGCUAUAGCUGAUGAUCGUCAAGUACUUGUUUUGAGUGAUCGUGAAACCUCUAAAUCUAGAGUCCCCAUUUCUGCCUUGAUUGCAGUUGGUUCAGUUCAUCAUCAUUUAGUUAGACAAAAACAGCGUUCAAAGGUGGCCAUUAUCAUUGAAACUGCAGAAGCAAGGGAAGUUCACCAUGCUUGUUGUUUGGUUGGUUAUGGUGCUGAUGGUAUUAAUCCAUAUUUAGCUAUUGAUACUUUACUUAGGAUGAAGGAAGAACACUUGUUGAAGAAAUCAGACUUGACUGAGGAGCAAAUCAUUGAAAACUAUAAGCAUGCUGUUGAUUCUGGUAUUUUGAAAGUCAUGUCUAAAAUGGGUAUUUCAACCUUGGCCUCCUACAAAGGAGCUCAAAUUUUUGAAGCUUUAGGUGUUGAUAACUCCGUCAUUGACAGAUGUUUCGCUGGGACUGCUUCCAGAAUCAAAGGUAUUACUUUUGAAUAUAUCGCUCAAGACGCUUUUACCAUGCAUGAAAGAGGUUACCCAUCAAGAGAAACUAUUAAGCCAGUGGCAUUACCAGAGACUGGUGAAUACCACUGGAGAGAUGGUGGUGAUUCCCAUAUCAAUGAGCCGGCUGCCAUUGCUUCCAUGCAAGAUGCUGUUAGAAACAAAAAUGAAAAAGCAUAUGAUGCGUAUUCAAAGAAGGAGUACGAAGCAAUCAAGAACUGUACCUUGAGGGGUUUGUUGGACUUCGACUAUGAGAAUUCUACACCUGUUCCAAUUGAUCAAGUGGAGCCCUGGACGGAAAUUGUACGCAGAUUUUUUACUGGUGCAAUGUCCUAUGGUUCUAUCUCUAUGGAAGCACAUUCAACUUUAGCGGUUGCAAUGAACAGAUUGGGAGGUAAAUCCAAUACUGGUGAAGGUGGUGAAGACGCAGCAAGAUCAACUGUUCGUGAAAAUGGAGACACCAUGAGAUCAGCCAUCAAGCAGAUCGCUUCAGGAAGAUUUGGUGUCACAUCUUAUUAUUUAGCAGAUGCCGAUGAGUUGCAAAUUAAAAUGGCCCAAGGUGCCAAGCCUGGUGAAGGUGGUGAAUUGCCAGGCCAUAAGGUUUCUGAACAGAUUGGAAAAACAAGACACUCUACACCUGGUGUUGGUUUGAUUUCUCCUCCUCCCCAUCAUGAUAUCUACUCCAUUGAGGAUUUGAAGCAGUUAUUAUACGACUUGAAAUGCUCUAACCCCAGAGCAAGAACAUCUGUUAAGUUGGUCUCUGAGGUCGGUGUUGGUAUCGUCGCUGCCGGUGUCGCAAAAGCAGGUUCUGAAAAUAUUUUAGUUUCUGGUGGUGAUGGUGGUACAGGUGCAGCUAAAUUAACUUCCAUCAAGUAUGCUGGUUUACCAUGGGAAUUGGGUCUUGCAGAGUCACACCAGACCUUGGUGUUGAACGACUUAAGAGGAAGAGUUGUCUUGCAAACUGAUGGCCAAAUUAGAACUGGUCGUGAUAUCGCAGUCGCAUGUUUGCUUGGAGCUGAAGAAUGGGGUUUCGCUACAACUCCUUUGAUUGCUUUGGGUUGUAUCAUGAUGCGCAGGUGUCACUUGAACACAUGUCCUGUUGGUAUAGCUACUCAGGAUCCUGAGUUAAGAAAGAAAUUUGAAGGUACUCCAGAACAUGUUAUCAACUUUUUCUAUUAUUUGUCAAACGAAUUAAGAGGAAUUAUGGCGCAAUUAGGUUUCCGCACGAUCAACGAGAUGAUUGGUAGAGCCGAGAAGUUGAAGGUAAGAGAUGACUUGAGGAAUACUAAGAAUGCUAACCUUGAUUUAUCUCCUAUCUUAACACCUGCUCAUACAAUUAGGCCUGGAGUCGCGACUUAUUGUGUAAGAAAACAAGAUCAUAGGUUGCACGUGAGAAUCGACAAUAAGUUAAUUGAUGAAUCAGAAUUGACUUUGGCCAAGGGAUUGCCAGUCACUAUCGACUGUGACGUUGUCAAUACAGACAGAACUUUGGGUACUACUUUAUCUUACAGAGUAUCAAAGAUUUUUGGAGAACAAGGAUUACCUCAUGACACUAUUCACGUGAAUGUAAAUGGUUCCGCAGGUCAAUCAUUCGGUGCUUUCUUAGCUCCAGGUAUAACUUUGGAGUUAGAAGGUGAUGCAAAUGAUUAUGUUGGUAAAGGGUUAUCAGGAGGUAGAGUUAUUAUUUACCCACCAAAGGAGUCUAGGUUUAAAGCCGAAGAUCAAAUCAUUGCUGGUAACACUGCUUUCUUUGGUGCAACAUCUGGUACCGCUUUUAUAAGAGGUGUUGCCGCAGAGAGAUUUGCUGUUAGAAACUCUGGUGCUACUAUUGUCACUGAAGGUACUGGUGAUCAUGGAUGUGAGUACAUGUCUGGUGGUAGAGUCAUUGUUUUAGGGGGCACGGGUAGAAACUUUGCAGCCGGUAUGUGCGGUGGUAUUGCCUAUGUCUUAGAUAUGGCACAAGACUUUAAUGUUAAGGUCAACUCACAGACGGUUGAAUUGUCACAAGUUACUGAACCCUCUGAGAUUGCUUUCUUGAGAGGAGUAAUUGAGGAUCAUCGUCAUUACACUGGCUCAGAAGUUGCUGAUAACAUCUUGAAUGAUUUUAACAGAAUCUUACCUCGUUUCGUCAAGGUUUUACCAUACGAUUAUAAGAAGGUUUUGGAAAAAGAAAAGAAGAAGCAGGAAGAGGCCAAGAAAAACGAAUUGAAUACCUUUUUGAAAGCAAUCAAAGAAGAUCCAGAGUGUGAUGUCACUAACGGUGAAGCUGCUAAGAUCAAAAAGGGACAUGUUCAUCGCGUUGAAAAGGCUUCUGUCUCUGCGAAGGAUGGACAUAGUGAACCAAAGGUCUUGGAUGUCGAAGAUACAAUUUUGGACACCGAGAACGAAAAGAAGACUAUUGCAAAGUUGGAUAAGGUUAAAGGUUUCAUGAAGUACAAGCGUCGUAAUGAAAAAUACAGACCUGCAAAACAGAGAACUUCUGAUUGGAACGAAAUGACAUCGAGAUUAUCUAAAGAUGAAUUGAAACAUGAAACCGCAAGAUGUAUGGACUGUGGUGUCCCAUUCUGUACAUCGGAUACUGGAUGUCCAAUUUCCAACGUUAUUCCUAAAUGGAAUGAAUUAGUUUUCCAAGAUAGGUGGUACGAUGCCUUGCAAAGAUUGAUGAUGACUAACAACUUCCCUGAAUUCACUGGUAGAAUUUGUCCAGCUCCAUGUAACGGAGCCUGUGUGUUGGGUAUCAACAACGAUCCUGUCAAUAUCAAAUCUGUUGAAUGUGCAAUCAUUGAUCACGGCUUUGAACAAGGCUGGAUUAAACCUAAUCCCCCGACCCACAGAACUGGUAAGACUGUUGCGGUUAUUGGUUCUGGUCCUGCUGGGUUAUCUGCAGCUGAUCAAUUGAACAAAGCUGGUCAUUCCGUUACUGUUUAUGAGAGAAGCGAUAGACCUGGUGGACUUAUGAUGUACGGUAUCCCAAAUAUGAAGUUAGAUAAGAGGAUCGUCAAAAGAAGAACAGAUCUAUUGGCAGCAGAAGGUAUUCAAUUUGUUUGCAGUACUUCUGUUGGCGAAGACAUAACCGUUGAUGAAUUGAAGAGUGCUAAUGAUGCUGUCGUCUUUGCUGUCGGUUCUACUAUCCCAAGGGACUUGAAGAUACCUGGUCGUGAAUUGAACAACAUUAACUUCGCUAUGCUGUUGUUAUCAAGCAACACCAAAGCAUUGUUGGAUGAUAACUUAGAGGAAAUCAGGAAAACUGUUGAAGGUAAACAUGUGGUUGUCAUUGGUGGUGGUGAUACCGGUAAUGAUUGUUUGGGUACAUCAACCAGACAUGGCGCUAAGUCUGUAACAAACUUUGAGUUAUUGCCUCAUCCACCAAGCGCAAGACCUAAGGAUAACCCAUGGCCACAAUGGCCAAGAGUCUUCAGAGUUGAUUACGGUCAUACUGAGGUUGCGGAACACUAUGGUAAGGAUCCAAGAGAAUACUCUAUUUUGUCUAAGGAAUUCGUUGAUGAUGGUGAAGGUAAUGUCAAGGGUAUUAAGACAGUUAAUGUAGAGUGGAAACGCUCUGAUUCUGGUGCUUGGCAGAUGGCUGAGGUUCCAGGAAGUGACAAUUACUUCCCAGCUGACGUUGUCUUAUUAUCAAUGGGUUUCGUUGGUCCAGAAACUGACAAGCUCCAAGUCGAAAAAACGAAGAGAGGCACUAUCACUACCAUUGAUCCAAACAACUAUAGAGUUGGACAAGAUAACUUGUUUGCAGCAGGUGACUGUAGAAGAGGUCAAUCUUUGGUUGUUUGGGGUAUCCAAGAAGGUAGACAAUGUGCAAGAGAAGUUGACGUUUACUUGAUGGGCUCUACGAGAUUGCCUGGUAAUGGUUCAAUCGAGCAAAGAAACUACAAUCUCUUAGAAGAGUUAGCGGAGAAGGUAUGA